AUGUCGUCCUGCCUGAGCGGCGGCGGCGGCCGCGCAGCCUACGGCUUCGACCUCGACAUUGUGGUCAAGUCCUCUUCGUCGUCUCCGACGACCUCCUCCUCCCGCUCCACCCACUCGUCUCCUUCAUCCACCCUUUCCGAAGCCUGCAAUUCUCCGCUCGCCAUCUCCACCAAGAGGGCGAGGACCCCACGGAAGCGGCCCAACCAGACGUACAACGAGGCUGCAGCCCUCCUCUCCACUGUUUACCCCAACAUCUUCUCCGCCAAGAGCCUCCCCAAGCUCUGCAAGAAGAAGAACCCCAGACCCUUGGAGGACACCUUCUCCGAGCCCACCGCAGAGCUUCUCCCCACCUUUCCGGCCAUCGGCGACGCCGGUUUCCUCCUCCAGCAGUACGUCCCCGACGAGCCCAGCCCAAGAAUUGAGCUCAGGCCGACGAGCUCCUCAGAGCGCUCGUCGGCCUGUCUGAGCCCUACGAGCGCCGAUCUCCCGGAGGCGAAUUCGCCGGCGGGGCUCGUCGAAGACGACGACUUCGACGCAGAGUCCAUCCUCGACGAGGAGGUCGGGGAAGGCAUCGACAGCAUCAUGGGCAACCUCAGCUUCAAGGCCACUAAUGGCGGAGGAGGGGGAGGAGAUUCGGCUCACCCGAACCCCUUAUUUGGCUACGGCAUCGGGGGAAUAUUCAAAUUCCGUCAUGGCUACCGUGGGAACAUGCGGCGGGCGCUGAAGAGAGCCGACGACAGCGAGUGGUGGCGCUCCCCUACGGUGGAGGUGCUCAAGAUUGCCCCCAAGCUUAAGCCGGCGGUGGCUCCUCCGCCGUCGCCGACCGCCGACAAGAAGAAGAAGAAGAAGGUGCAGAAGGUGGAGAGAGUCGAUAAGGUGCUCGACAGGGCCGCCAGAGUCGGUGAGAAGACGGAGGAAGAGGAGGCCAAGGAGAAGACUCAGCCGCCGCACACCGCCCUGAAGCCUUCCCUGAGCCUCAAGCUGAACUACGAGGACGUCCUCAAGGCCUGGUCCGGCCGGGGGUCUCCCUUCUCCGGUGACGUCGACUCCUCCGAAGAUCCCGCCGACAACAUUGUACGUCUCUCUCUCUCUCUCUCUCUCUCUCUCUCUCUCUCUCUCUCUGCUCCUCCGAUUGCCUCCAUUUAUUCAUUAGUUCAUUCGUUCGUUUUUAGUUUUUCUCAUCUGCAUUCGAGCAUCAGUCUGCUCUUCCCUUAUUCGCUUCUUCCCCCACUCUCGGCAGGCGAGAUUGUCGCAGAUCGUCCUGUUCCCGGAGGCGGCGGCGGCGGCCGCCGGCGGCGUCAGGGAGGCGAGCGUCCUCCGGUACAAGGAGAAGCGGAGGACCCGACUUUUCUCCAAGAAGAUCCGCUACCAGGUCCGCAAGGUGAACGCUGACCGCAGGCCCAGAAUGAAGGCAAGUGUAAGAGCCCUCUCCCUCUCUCUCUCUCUCUCUGGCGUCGUCUGUCUUUCUCUCUCUAACGUCGUGGGCCCUGUCUCUCGCAACCCAACAGGGGAGGUUCGUUCGAAGGCCUUCUCUCGCAGCUCUGUGAGGAGCUAA